UCUCUCUUUCUCUCUCUCCCUCCCUCCCUUCCUGUCUUCUUUGUCUUCAUGCAAACAAAACAAACCUGUUUGUCCACCGGAAACCCUUCAGAGCCAGAGAGAGCAAAGGAGCUCCUGACAGCAGAGAGCCAGACUUCCAUUCAUGUGUUCAGUACGUUACAGCUAAGCUCAGUCCACUGAACCUGGAGCACACGAGGAACAACACCUCUCAUUUCUACACACAGGAGUCGACCGAGCCCGGGAGCCCGAGAGCACAUGGGGGACAAGAGGACAUGCCUGAAUGCGAGUGUGUGAAACCGUGAGUGAGUAGGGCGGAGCGACAGACCUUGGGGGAAGGUAGGAGGAGACUGGUUUGAGAGGGGGUAGUCUGUCUCUGUCAAAAGUUUUUUUUUUUUUACAGCUUAUGUUCUUCAAGCUAUGGUGAGUAAAAGCAUAUGAAAAAGGGACAAUUCCUCUGAUCGAACUGCAUUUACUCUGAAAGAGUUAAAGAAAACAAUCUUUUAAUUUGUGAGACUUGAAUAGUGACAAAACCGCAGGACUACAGUUUUAUUGAAGAUCUUUUUCACCUUGGCUUUAAGUUCAUUGAGUUUGUUAGCAUCAGCAUGUUGGUGUUUUCCUUUUCUCUGUUACGGUGAUGAGUCAUGCCAGUGGAUUAUGAGUUGGAUUACAGCUGAGAUUGGAUUAUGGGAUAUCUUAAUGAGGAAGCUAUGAUGGAUGUAAGAAGAUCUUUUUUUACCUCACGGCAACACUGAUUUGAUACCUGCUGACAAUGACUGUAAUCUAAGUGGUCCACGGGACCCCUGAGUGAUCAGGAAGCAGACUGACAAAAAAAAAAUGUAACCACAAAAAAAGCUAUAGAUACAGAUCUAUUUAAUGUACUAAGAAAAAACAUUAUUGUUGGUCUGUGACAGCCAUGUUUUUUUUAAAGUAGGCUAGUAUUUAGUCAUAGUCAUUUGAGUCAUAGUGCUUCCUUCCGUCAGACCACAUAAAGUGUAGACAACCUCACACAAGGAGGUUGGCGUCCUCUUAAAUUAAGGCCAGUUACUUCGGGAUAGACAAAGACGGAAAUCCACUGAUACAUUACACGCUCAGUCCUACAAGACACCUCAGACCGAGGACAGCCAGGGUUAUUUGGAGUCAAAGAGCCUCCAAGUGAAACACUGGGACCGGAGACAACUGUUAGUCCCCGAAUCAUGGCGUCAGGAAGUGCUGGCCAGUCGUCACGAGGCCUCCAGCGCGAGGGGUCCGAGCCGGCCCCGAUGCCACCCACUGGCUCCGAGCGCAAGCUGAUGCAGAAGGUCCUGAAGAGGCUGGACAAGCUGCACCGGCUCAGCGUGGACCCACGCAUGGCCCUGCGCAACAGCCCGCCCUACCUGCCGGAUCUGGUGACUGCGACCGCCACGCAGUUAACCAACGUAUGGGCGCCUUACAGGGGCCCGGUGCUGGGCAUCCCGAAGGGCGACGAAGGGGAGUACCUGCGGGUCCACAUCAAACACCUGCUUUAUAAGACGGACCGGGCCAUCCUGCUGUUCAGAGAGGGCCAGGAGAAGAUGUUCGAGGAGACCUCCAGUUACAGGAGGAACCUGACAAAGCUUUCGCUGCUGCUCAGCCACAUGCUCUGUGAGCUGCAAGCCUUGUUUCCAGAGGGGAAGUUUCAAGGUGACACCUACAGACUGACAAAAUCUGAGGCUGGGAAUUUCUGGAGGAAAGCCUUUGGGAAUAAAUGCAUCGUGCAGUGGAGCACCUUUAAGCAGCACCUGAGGCGAGUCCACAGCUUUGAGGAGGGCAUGGAGGCUAUGGCUCUGAAGUCUACAGUGGACCUCACCUGUAACGAUCACAUCUCCGUCUUUGAGUUUGACCUCUUCACCAGACUCUUUCAGCCCUGGCCCACCCUGUUGAGAAACUGGAAUCAGCUAGCUGUCACUCACCCUGGAUACAUGGCUUUCUUGACCUAUGACCAGGUCAGAGCACGUCUGCACAACUACCAGCAUCGUCCCGGGAGCUACAUCUUCCGUUUAAGCUGCACGCGGAUGGGGCAGUGGGCCAUUGGUCACGUGGCCCAUGAUGGGAGCAUAGUGCAGACCAUCCCCCAGAAUACACCACUGUACCAGGCUCUUCUGCAGGGCUUCAGAGAGGGCUGCUACUUGUAUCCUGAUGGGCGUGAUCUGAACCCUGACCUUUCUUUUCUGUGUGAACCUGCACCAAGGGGCAAAGUGAAAGUCUCAGAGGAGCAGUAUGAGCUGUACUGUGAGAUUGGCAGCACUUUCCAGCUGUGUAAGAUCUGCACAGAAAGGGACAAAGACACGCGCAUCCAGCCCUGUGGCCACCUCCUGUGCCAGCCCUGCCUUACUGGGUGGCAGAAGUCAGAUGGGCACUCCUGUCCGUACUGCCGCUGUGACAUCCGAGGCACGGAGUCCGUCCUCAUCGAGCCGUACCUGCCAGAGGGCGGGGGGGGCAUAGAGGAGCCUGAGGAUGAAGACGAGGAUGAGGAAGACCACGAGGAUGUGGAACAAGUGAUGAAAAAUCUGGCCUUCAUGAAAAAGAAGGUGUCAGAGGACUAUCAGACCCCCAGCAGACCGGUGGACUCCAGUCUCAUGCCGCCGCCGCUGCCACCGAAGCUCAGCGCAUCGUCUCCAUGCUCCUCUCCACGACUCCUCCCUCGGUCCCCAUUGGCAAAUGCACACGCCAAUCAAUCACUCAGCCAACUACAGAGCACUGAUCAGAGCAGGAAGUCAUCGGCAAAGAAAAGCCAACAGGAAGCCACCUGCAGAGGAGUAGAGGGGAAUUCUGGGAGCUCUUUUGCCCCGUACGUCCGCUCACCCUCCCACAGUAUUGAUCUCUCUGGUGUAGACGCAAAAUCUGAUACAAGCAGGCCAUCUUCCUCCCAGUCUGGCAAUAGUGUAGGUGGUGUGCUUUGGUCAGGGUCUUCCUCAUCCUCAGGAGGAAAGCAGAGAGAGAAAGUGCGAGGAGGGGUGAAGGACAGAAGUAAGAGGGAGGCAGGAUCAAGUGACGCACAGGAGAGCCAUAAAGAGAGACAAAGACCCUUGUCCUCCUGACAGUAACCUGAGCACCAUCUUAAAGGAGACCCUUGUCCUCCUGACAGUAACCUGAGCACCAUCUUAAAGGAGACCCUUGUCCUCUUGACAGUAACCUGAGCACCAUCUUAAAGGAGACACUUGUCCUCCUGACAGUAACCUGAGCACCAUCUUAAAGAAGACACUUGUCCUCCUGACAGUAACCUGAGCACCAUCUUAAAGGAGACACUUCCUACUUGAAGGGACUAUGGAUUGAAAGACAAGCAAGAAUUAACGACAGUCAGAAAGACAUAGUAAUGAUAAUAUAUGCAUAUGAAUGACUGAUGUGAAUAUAUCUAACCUGUACAGACUGUCUAAAUUCUAAAACUGUUGUGUAAAAAAACAUAAUUUAAUGAACUAAUGU